AUGAGAGAGAUCUUGCAUAUCCAAGGAGGCCAAUGCGGUAACCAAAUCGGCUCCAAGUUCUGGGAAGUCAUCUGCGACGAGCACGGCGUUGACCCCACCGGAAGGUACCGUGGAGACGCCAACUCCGAUCUUCAACUCGAGAGGAUCAACGUCUAUUACAAUGAGGCUUCCGGCGGCCGGUACGUCCCUCGCGCCGUCCUCAUGGAUCUUGAACCCGGUACUAUGGACAGCAUCCGAUCCGGUCCGUUCGGCCAGAUCUUCCGCCCUGACAACUUCGUCUUCGGGCAGUCCGGUGCCGGCAACAACUGGGCCAAAGGUCAUUACACCGAAGGUGCCGAGUUGAUCGAUUCCGUUCUCGAUGUUGUUCGCAAGGAGGCCGAGAAUUGUGACUGCCUUCAAGGUUUUCAGGUUUGCCACUCACUUGGAGGAGGCACUGGGUCGGGCAUGGGAACCCUUCUGAUAUCAAAGAUUAGAGAGGAAUACCCAGACAGGAUGAUGCUGACAUUCUCUGUUUUCCCCUCACCAAAGGUCUCAGACACCGUCGUGGAACCAUAUAAUGCCACUCUUUCAGUGCACCAGUUGGUUGAGAAUGCUGAUGAAUGCAUGGUUCUUGAUAAUGAAGCACUUUAUGACAUUUGCUUCAGGACCCUAAAGCUCAGCACCCCAAGCUUUGGUGACCUGAACCAUUUGAUAUCUGCAACCAUGAGUGGGGUGACAUGCUGCCUAAGGUUCCCUGGGCAGCUGAACUCCGACCUCCGGAAGCUGGCUGUGAAUCUGAUUCCAUUCCCACGUCUUCACUUCUUCAUGGUGGGGUUUGCCCCUCUAACCUCUCGUGGGUCCCAACAGUACAUCUCCCUCACUGUGCCAGAGCUAACUCAGCAAAUGUGGGAUGCCAAGAACAUGAUGUGUGCUGCUGACCCUCGUCACGGACGUUACCUGACAGCCUCAGCAAUGUUCAGGGGAAAGAUGAGCACCAAGGAGGUGGAUGAACAGAUGAUCAAUGUGCAGAACAAGAAUUCGUCCUACUUUGUUGAGUGGAUUCCUCACAAUGUGAAGUCAAGCGUGUGUGAUAUUCCUCCCAGGGGUUUGAAAAUGGCGUCGACUUUUGUGGGCAACUCUACAUCGAUCCAGGAGAUGUUCAGGAGAGUGAGCGAGCAGUUCACAGCCAUGUUUCGGCGCAAGGCCUUUUUGCAUUGGUACACUGGGGAAGGGAUGGACGAGAUGGAGUUCACAGAAGCUGAGAGUAACAUGAAUGAUUUGGUUGCCGAGUACCAGCAAUACCAAGAUGCUACCGUCGAGGAUGAUGGUGAGUACGAGGAGGACGGUGCUGAAGAGAACUAUGAGGACUAA